CAGUCCCGGACGUGUCCCCCGCUGCUGUGACGGUGCUGAAGCUAACGCUGCUAACACGGUUCCACUCCCCGGUACCGGAGACAUGUCCCCCGCCCCCCCAACCUCCUGUGGGACCGGUCCCGCUCAGUGAGUCCGUGUCUUACUGUGGAGGAGACUUCCUGUGAGGGAAGAUGGACGCGCACCGGACCCAGGUGUUAGCAUUAGCCGGCUAGCAUGUCGUGUAGUUCUGCGUCCGCUGCGUGAAAUGACCUGAUAGAACUCGGACUCCCAGAAUCCUCCACUCUCACACGCACGGAGGCAUGUGCACUGUUAACCCGCGUCUCUAACUAGUCCCCGGGUCGAGUCCACCUCCGCUAACUAGCACUGUCCCUGUGCAUGGGGAAGCAGCGCCCCCUGUAGGCGAGCUCAGAACCAUGGGAGGCUCCGUGUCCUGCUGCUCCUCGGGAGACACUCCCAAGAUCCUCCGCAGGGAGGUGGAGCUGGAGGAGUGUCCCAUCACCACGGCUGAGGACGUGAGUGAGGACACCGGGACCUACCUGCAGCACAUCAGUGACCGGGAGCUUCCGGACGAACUCGCCCAGGAGUCCAACCCGUCCGAUCAUCCCAGAGCCAGCACGCUGUUCCUGAACAAGUCGCAGACGGACGUGCGGGAGAAAAGGAAAAGCAACUACUUGAAUCAUGUAAGUGACCGAGGACAAUGUCUGAGAAAUGUCCAUAUGUCCCCCGGGCUCCUGACGAAGAAGUACAGCUCCUGCUCCACGAUCUUCAUCGACGACAGCACCGUCAGCCAGCCCAACCUCAAGAGCACCAUCAAGUGCGUCGCUUUGGCCAUUUACUUUCAUAUAAAGAACAGAGACUCAAACCGCUCGCUGGAGAUCUUCGACGAGAAGAAGCACCCCCUGUCGAGAGAAAAGAUCCCAGACGACUACGCCGUGGUCGACCCCGAGCACAAGCUCAUCUACCGCUUCAUCCGGACGCUCUUCAGCUCGGCGCAGCUCACCGCCGAGUGCGCCAUCGUCACUCUGGUGUACCUGGAGAGGCUGCUGACCUACGCUGAGAUGGACAUCUGUCCCUGCAACUGGAAGAGGAUCGUCCUCGGCGCCAUCCUGCUGGCGUCCAAGGUGUGGGACGACCAGGCCGUGUGGAACGUGGACUACUGCCAGAUCCUCAAGGACAUCACCGUGGAGGACAUGAACGAGAUGGAACGCCACUUCCUGGAGCUGCUCCAGUUCAACAUCAACGUCCCGGCCAGCGUCUACGCCAAGUAUUACUUUGACCUGCGCUCGCUGGCGGACGAGAACAACCUCAGCUUCGCUCUGGAGCCGCUCAGCAACAAGCGCGCCCAGAAGCUGGAGGCGAUCUCCCGGCUCUGUGAGGACAAGUACAAGGACAUGUGUAAAAACGCCAUGAGGAGGUCGGUCAGCGCCGACAACCUGGUGGGCGUGAAGAAGUCCAACGCUGUGCUCUCCUAACUCUGCGGCGGCCAUCUUCCCCGUGGCGAGGAGGAGUGGGAGGAGCAACGGGACGCCACGCUGUGCUCGAGAGACGUUUCAAAAGUACGUUUUCACUCGAGCAGCCGAAAAGUUCCAUCGCCAAAAUGUUAGAUGUGGAUUUUUUAAAGAAGAGCAACAAAAAAAGAAGUUUACCACACAGUAUCUAAAAUAUUAGGAACUUGAGGUUCUUGUUUAAAGCAUGGUCAUCCGAAGAAUCGUUUUAUUUCCACUUGUGGACAUUACACGUUGGAAGGAAUCAGCACGAAAAACGUUUCCAGACGCCACAACUCCAGGACCUCGUCGUCUUUUUUCUUCCUCUCUUUUUUCCCCCCAUCACUCACUCAGUCGCUCGGGGUCGAGGGGGGAGUUUCUUCUUCUGCGGCUGCGUUGCCUCAUCGCUCGACAAGCCACGCCCCCUCUCUCCGUUCUCCAGGCGCCGGCCACACGUGGUGAACUACCCUGUGGUGUAGUUCUGCACUCGGACAAAGAGUAUUUGUUUUGCUUACUGUGUAGGCUCCUAUAGCUGUGAAAUGUACGACUUUAUUUAAAUCAAAAAUAAAUUUCAGUCGCUGUUUAAAAUCCAGGA